AUGUUUCCAACACCAACAACGAGCCUCAGACAUCCGCACACUACGGGCACGAACCAAGAAGGGAUCACCAGGAAGCCUCAGCCGCAGUCGGAGGCGGCCAGAGCGGGCGCGGACGGAAUAGGGAACGUUCAGAGUGGCAGGGGAGCGCCACUCGCGGGCGCGGACCACGGAAGAAGAGGAAGGGUCGCUGAGAUGUGCAGCCGCGAGAAGGACGUACCUGCGCUUGCUAGCGACGCGAAGGGUGUGGCAGAUCGCCGUCCGGCCGCGCUUGCGCCGUCUGCGGCCCCAUCUGGCCCCCCACUUAUGACGACCAGUGCUAUGGUUAUGGAUUUGAUGGACACAGCUCCAGAAACUUUGAAGACAGCGCUGUCUGCUCCGCUCCCCGAUUCUGAAGAUGAGAGCUCCACCGCCCCUCAGCACGCGGACGAAGCGGGAAACAGAAGAGGAGGUCGUGAAGAUGAAGUCGCCUGCUCCGACACCGUGGAGAACCGCAAACUCUCCCAAUUGAUGCGGGUCGCCGACGUUCCGGUUCAGACCGAAGAUCUUCGCUCCAGGAGAGGAAGUGCGUGCCCCCGUCCGCCCACCGAGAAGCCGACAUGUGCACUCUGUGGCGGUGCUCACGUGGCCAGCUAUCGUGGGUGUGAGGUGUGGAAGCGUGCUAUUGCUCGCCAACGUGGCCAAACACCAGCGCCGCGUCCGAAGAAGCCAGCAACGAGACGGCCCGGCGUCUCUUUCACGGCGGCAACGUCAGGGGCGCCCUCCGCCGUCCCGGCUGCGUCAGCUGCUCCUGCUCCUGCCGCGUCCGAGGCCGUGCCGACACCUGAGGCUCCUGCGCCUCCACCACAGCUGCUAGUGGCGGACCUGGGUACUGCCUCUCCCAAGACGUCGGCCGGACCGCGCCCCGCCAAUUGCCGGCGCGGGGGUCAGCGCCUCGUGGGUACCCAGCGCUCAGCACCGUCAGUCGAGCAGCCCCAGGUGGUCUCUCACAGCGAGUCAGCCACGCCUCCCCCUUCCAGCGACGGGGCCGCGCCGGCUGCCUCCACCGCUUACCUGGCCAACCUCGUCGCGCAGCUCACUGCCUUGGUGACCAGUGCUACGAAAUUGAUUGAAGUCCUGUCGCAGCAAUUCACUGCUGCAGUGCUGAUGGCCUCUCCCGCCCCGACCGCUGUCAACACUCACCAGCUGCACCAUGGGCAGCGUUAG